AAACAAUUCCGAAAAUAAAUUGUUUAAAAAAGGUUCUAAAAGAAUAACGAGUACGGAAUAAUCGAGCAAGACUUUCAAGUCCAUAAACAAAGUGGACCAGCAAAAUCCAAUCACCGUCCGACACAAAUUGCAUAUAUUUUUACGUUUUCAAUUUUGAUUAUUCCUUCAUAUAUUUCUACGCUCUAUUAUUGAAAAUUUUAAUUUUUUUGCGAGUCUUCACUUCUAAUUCUUCACUCCCUGCUGAAGAAAACGACCGUUAAAACCCGUCCCUUAAACCACCGCCUCUGCCGCCGGCUACCGCCUUUUUUGGGAGAUCAUUAGCUUCUUGCUUUCAAAUACUGCAAGAAAUUUUGUGGGUCGAGUGAAAAUCGAGUCUUGAAUAUAGGAAAGUUGAGAAAGCAGUUGCUGAUGGCUGGUUUUCUGUUUGGGAGGAAGAUUUAGAAAGCUUUUAGUUUGAAGGAGUAGAGAAUUUCCUGAAGCGAUGAAGAUUCUUGGACUUGUGUUCUUGGUUUUCUUUCUCGCACGAGAUGCCCGUCUGGCUAUGGCGUUUACUGGGACUUUUGGGAUCAACUAUGGUAGGAUAGCAGACAAUAUCCCUUCACCCGAGAAAGUUGUAACGCUACUUAAGGCUGCAAAGAUCAAGAAUGUUAGGAUUUACGAUGCUGAUCACAGUGUUCUCAAUGCCUUCAAAGGAACCGGGCUUGAGUUGGUGAUUGGACUUCCCAAUGGUUUCUUGAAAGAAAUGAGUGCUAAUCCAGACCAUGCCCUGACUUGGGUCGAGGAUAAUGUGAAGGCAUUUCUUCCUGAUACGCACAUUGUUGGGAUUGCCGUAGGGAAUGAAGUUCUAGGAGGCGAUGUUGAUCUUUCACAAUCUUUAUUGGGUGCUGCAAAAAAUAUAUACAAUGCCACAAAGAAGCUCGGGAUUGAUAAAGGAAUUCAGAUUUCUACAGCUCAUUCGCAGGCUGUCUUUCAGAAUUCGUACCCUCCUUCUUCUUGUACAUUCACGGAGGGUGUCGCUCCGUUGAUGAAGCCUCUCUUGGAGUUCUUUUCGCAGAUUGGAUCUCCGUUCUGUCUUAAUGCAUACCCGUUUCUGGCUUAUACUUACAAUAAGGGGAAGAUUGAUAUAAACUAUGCUCUGUUUCAGCCAAAUAAGGGAAUAGUUGAUAAUAAAACGGAUUUACAUUAUGAUAACUUGCUGGAUGCUCAGAUCGAUGCAGCUUACGCUGCUCUAGAGAAUGCUGGCUUCAAGAAAAUGGAGGUUAUAAUCACUGAAACUGGUUGGGCAUCUUAUGGGGAUGAAAGUGAAGCUGCUGCAACGCCAAACAAUGCAAGGACGUACCACUUCAAUUUACGUAAAAGGCUAGCCAAGAGAAAAGGGACUCCACUUAGGCCAAAACAUGUAUUAAAAGCAUACAUAUUUGCCUUAUUCAAUGAGGACUCGAAACCAGGCGCCGGCUCUGAGAAAUAUUAUGGACUUUUUAAAGCAGAUGGGAGUAUAUCUUAUGAUCUCGGGCUCCCUGGACUUAAAUCCUCAGCUACUUCAUGUUCGUUCUUCUCCUUUAAGGAGGUUGGAGGUGGAAAAUGGUAUAGAUGGUGUUCCUUGUUAUUCACAAUCUCAGCUUCCACAUUGAUUCUGCUCUUGAGAUUAUGAGGUAAUCCAACUAUAUUUUUUUUUUUAUGUGAUUUCAGAAAUGAAAAAUCACUCCACGUAUACUAUAUUUGGAAUAGUGAUUUGUAGGUGUAGAAUAUGUUUCUUCAACAUUUGCAGACUAUUAGUAACACCAUCGCCUUAUAUCUAUUUCUUCAACAUUAUAACAUCA